GCCCCAAGCCAGCAUGGGUAGUGUCAGUAGCCUCAUCUCUGGCCACAGCUUUCACGGCAAGCACUGCCGGGCUUCACGAUACAAGCUGGGCAAAUCCUCCCAUCUCAAGAAGCUCAAUCGAUAUUCAGAUGGGCUGCUGAGAUUUGGCUUCUCUCAGGACUCAGGCCAUGGCAAGUCCAGCUCCAAAAUGGGAAAGAGUGAAGACUUCUUCUACAUCAAGGUCAGCCAGAAAGCCCGGGGCUCCCACCACCCAGAUUACACUGCACUGUCUAGUGGGGACAUAGGCGGCCCGCCUGGGGUGGACUUUGGCCCGUCCACCCCACCCAAGCUUAUGCCCUUCUCCAAUCAGCUAGAAAUGGGCUCAGAGAAGGGUGCGGCGAGGCCCACAGCAUUCAAGCCCGUGCUGCCACGGUCAGGAGCCAUCCUCCACUCGUCCCCUGAGAGCUCCAGCCACCAGCUGCACCCUGCCCCUCCAGACAGGCCCAAGGAACAGGAGCCAAAGCCCAGCCUGUGCUCUGGGGCGCUGUCUGACUCCGGCCGGAACUCCAUGUCCAGCCUGCCCACACACAGCACCAGCAGCAGCUACCAGUUGGACCCGCUGGUUACGCCAGUGGGGCCAACCAGCCGUUUUGGGGGCUCAGCCCACAACAUUACCCAGGGCAUCAUCCUCCAGGACAGCAACAUGAUGAGCCUGAAGGCUCUAUCUUUCUCUGAUGGGGGUAGCAAGCUGGCCCACCCAAGCCAGGCGGACAAGGGUUCCUCAUGUGUGCGUUGCCCCAUCUCCACAGACGAGUGCACUGUCCAGGAGCUUGAGCAGAAGCUGCUGGGGAGAGGAGAGCUGCAGAAGCUGCAGCGCAGCCUGGAGGAGAAGGAGCUGCCCUCCAGCCAGGCCUCCGAAGAGCGGCAGUGGCGCUGCAAGGAGGGGCGGGAGGGCCUGGAGCAGAAAGGCAGCAGCAAACUGAAGCAAGCUUCCCAGAAGAGCCAGCGCACGCAGCAGGGGCUGCACCUCCAGGUGCUCCAGCUCCAGCAGGAGAAGCGGCAGCUCCGGCAGGAACUUGAGAGCCUCAUGAAGGAGCAGGACCUGCUGGAGACCAAGCUCAGGUCCUACGAGAAGGAGAAGACCAGCUUCGCCCCCGCGCUGGAAGAGACCCAGUGGGAGGUGUGCCAGAAGUCAGGUGAAAUCUCUCUCCUGAAGCAGCAGCUGAAGGAGUCCCAGACAGAGAUCAAUGCCAAGGCUAGUGAGAUCCUCAGUCUGAAGGCGCAGCUGAAGGACACACGGGGCAAACUGGAAAGCAUGGAGCUGAAGACCCAGGAUUUGGAGAGCGCUCUGCGCACCAAGGGCCUAGAGCUAGAGGUCUGUGAGAAUGAGCUACAGCGCAAGAAAAAUGAGUCUGAGCUUCUCCGAGAGAAGGUGAACCUGCUGGAGCAGGAGCUGCUGGAGCUGCGGGCCCAGGCUGCCCUGCAGCGGGAUGCUGUGUCUAUGGGGCCAGGACUGGGGCCUGGGCCAGGGACUACCUUCUCUGAGGACAUCCCCGCCCUGCAGCGGGAGUUGGAGCGGCUGCGUGCAGAGCUGAAGGAGGAGCGGCAAGGCCACGACCAGAUGUCGUCAGGCUUCCAGCAUGAGCGGCUGGUGUGGAAGGAGGAGAAAGAGAAGGUGAUCCAGUACCAGAAGCAGUUACAGCAGAGCUACCUAGCCAUGUACCAGCGGAACCAGCGCCUGGAGAAGGCUCUGCAGCAACUGGCCCGUGGGGACGGUGCAGGGGAGCCUUUUGAAAUUGACCUUGAAGGAGCCGACAUCCCCUAUGAGGACAUCAUAGCCACUGAGAUCUGAGGGACCUACCGGGAGAGGGAGAGCCAGGG